AUGCCUGACUUCCUCACAUACAUCAUACAAAUCAUCAUAUACACGCCUGACUUCCUCAUAGACGUCAUAUACAGCAUCAUAUACACGGCUGACUUCCCCUUACCUGUCUGUCUGAGCGAGAAGCCGAGGCCACACCCAGGAGACCACACCCAGGAGACCACACCCCCGCAGGCCACGCCCACAGAGACCACGCCCUGGCAUUUACUCCUGCAGUACACUGCUAGAUCCACUUGUGCCAACCCUCCAGUGGAUGGAGAUGGUGUGUUUCGCUGGCAGACUGAGGGAGAUGCUUUCCAGCAGGAGCUGACCUAUAGGAACAGGACACUGGUCAUUCAGAAAGAGGGUACUUACUUCAUCUACUCUAAGAUCUACUACAAUGAAUCCCCCUGUGGCCUCUUCAAACAUGAGGUUGUGCGCCUGUCCCCACGAUACAACGACCCCAUGACCCUCAUGCAGAACAUAAGAUACCGCUGCCUGAACACCCAGAGGAGCGACCGGACUGAUCGUAAGGAGACAGGGAACAGUUUUUUGAGUGGGGCAUUUGAGCUGAAAACUGGUGAUCUUAUCUAUGUUAAAGUGAACAAUAAAUCUCUGGUAUUGUCUGGAAUGCACGACAACUUCUUUGGUGCAUUCAUGAUCUAG